AUGCAACUCCCUUCAGAAUGUGACGUCCUCGUCGUUGGGAGUGGCAAUGCUGGCUUCUGUGCCGCCAUAUCGGCUGCUCAAUCGGGCGCCCAGCGAGUGGUCAUCAUUGACAAAUGUCCUGAGAAAUGGAUCGGGGGAAACACAUACUUCACGGCAGGAGCAUUUCGCACCGUCCAUAAUGGGCUGAAUGAUCUUCUACCCUUGGUGAACAAUGCCCUGCCACAAUUCAUCCCAGAUAUUGAGAUGAACGCGUACACCGAGGCGGACUUCUUCACCGACAUGAACCGGGUGACCAACCGACGCACCGACCGGGAUCUCUGCCAGGCCCUGGUGGCCGAAUCUCGCGCGACAAUCCAAUGGCUUGCAGACAAUGGAGUCCGAUUCCAGCUCUCGUUCAACCGUCAAGCAUAUCAUGUCAACCGCAAGAUCAAGUUCUGGGGUGGUCUGGCCCUCAAGACCGAGGAUGGCGGCAAAGGGCUCAUUCAGGACCACUUACGAACGGCUCAGAUGCAUGGGAUCAGCAUCUUCUUUUCAACUGCAGCACAGAGCUUGAUUUAUGACGCAACCUCUCGGGCCGUGACAGGGAUGGAAGUCAUUCAUCACGGUCAGGACAGGGAAAUCAAGGCCAGCGCGGUGAUUCUUGCAGCGGGUGGAUUCGAAGCCAAUCCACGCAUGCGCGCACAGUUCCUAGGUCCCGACUGGGAUGCAGCCCUUGUCCGUGGUACGCCGUACAACUUCGGGGAUUGCCUUGACUUCGCCAUCCGCGUCGUGUCGGCUAAACCCGUCGGAAACUGGUCCGGUUGUCACUGUGUCGCGUGGGAUGCUAAUGCACCUGCGAACAACGGGGAUCGAGAGAUCUCCAAUGAAUUCACGAAAUCCAGCUAUCCACUGGGAAUCAUGGUAAACCGAAAGGGUCAUCGGUUUGUGGACGAAGGGUCUGAUUUCCGCAACUACACGUAUGCAAUGAUCGGACGACAGAUCCUGGCCCAGCCGGGUCAUGUUGCGUUUCAGAUCUUCGAUUGCCACACGAUAUCCUGGCUGCGGUAUGAAGAAUACCGGGAAGAAAUAGUGGAGAGGAUUCUGGCAUCGUCGAUCUCCGAGCUGGCGGAGAUAUGUGCAUCGCAGCAUGGUCUCGAAGAUGCGAAGCAGUUCGAGAAAACCAUCGCGGAGUUCAACGAGGCUGUCUAUGAGAGUCGGUGGAGCAAUCCGAAUCAGAGAUUCGACCCUACUAUCAAGGACGGUCUCUCGACUCAGUCGCAGACGUUGGCACUAGCUAUCCCCAAGUCCAAUUGGGCAUUGCCUAUCGAUCAGGGACCAUUCCUAGCAGUGAAGGUCACUGCCGGGAUCACCUUCACAUUUGGAGGACUGGCGGUCAAUCCGAAAACGGCUGCCGUUAUCUCGUCCAUGACCGAUGAGCAGAUCCCUGGACUGUACUGUGUCGGGGAGAUGCUGGGUGGACUGUUCUAUGACAAUUACCCCGGUGGCAGUGGUUUGACUUCUGGAGCGGUUUUUGGUCGACGUGCAGGACGGGCUGCUGCAGAGGCUUGUCGACCAACAUGA